AUGUCUGUUCCUGCUUUCACCGAUAUCGCCAAGCCCGCCAACGACCUUUUGUCGAGAGACUUCUACCACUUGGCCAAUGCCAAUUUGGAGAUCAAGACUAAGGCUCCUAACGGCGUCAACUUCACAGUCAAGGGUAAAUCCAACCAAAAGGACGGAUCUAUUGCUGGUACUUUGGAGUCCAAGUACACUGACAAGGCCACUGGUUUGACCUUGACUCAAGGCUGGACCACUGCCAAUGUUCUUGACACCAAGAUCGAGCUCGACGAGGCUUUCACUCCCGGUCUUAAGGGAGAGCUUGUCACUUCUUUCUUGCCUGCUUCUGGUGCCAAGAACGCUCGUUUGGGUAUCUACUUCCGUCAACCUGCUUUCCACGCUCGUGCCUUUUUCGAUUUGUUGAAGGGACCUACCUUCACUGGUGAUGCUACUAUUGGCCACGACGGAUUCCUUGCUGGAGCCGAGAUCGGUUACGAUAUCCUUGACGGUAAGAUUACUAAGUACUCUGCUGCCACUGGAUACACUGCUCCUUUGUACACUGCUGCCGUUACUGCCACCAACAACUUGAGCGUUUUCUCUGCCUCGUACUACCACCGUGUCAACGCCUUCACCGAGGCCGGAGCCAAGGCCACCUGGGACUCUAAGGCCGGAUCCAACGUCGGACUCGAAGUCGGUGCCAAGCACAAGCUCGACGAGUCGGCUUUCGCCAAGGCCAAGAUCAACUCGCAAGGAAUUGCCGCUCUCUCGUACUCGCAAUCCCUCAAGCCCGGCGUCACCCUCGGCCUCGGUCUGUCCAUCGACACCCAGCGUCUCAACGAGUCUGCUCACAAGCUCGGUGUCUCUUUCACCUUCGCCGCCUAA